CACUAGGCGAGACGCGCUGUAAAGUUGAAUCUUCGUGAAAGUGCGUCUUCGUCUAGUGGCUGGGUGUACGGGACAGUCGUUAUAUCGAUUUUCUUUGUCGCAGCAGCUUCGCGAGGAGAGCAAUCGUUCGUUAAAAUUGUACUUGAUCGGUGGUUAUUCUUAAUGCGUCAGCGUCGGCACAAUUGGCACGUCUAAAUUAACCAAAGUUCAGGCAGAUUUUUGGCGGUCAUUUCUCAAUUGAGCAAAAGUAGUCAUUGUAAUUGGGCUAUUGCAUGCAUUAGUUUAAGAAAUGAGGUCGCUCGUCUGGAUGAUCGGACUGCUCUGCCUGGGUAGUCGUUACGCAGGCUCGAGCACUCUAAAAAUGAAGUACUCGUACAGCAGCGAUUACGAGAUAGUGCUCGACGAGCGCUCGGUCAAGGACAACAGCCUCGUUUACUCGGCCUGCAUAGUCGGAGAAUUUCGCAAGGAAUUGAACUGCUCCAUAACGCUGUUCUCCUUCCCCGACGCCAAGAUCAUCGGUGAGUCGACCUGUCCGGGCAAUUACCUCGUCGCGGACAAGGUUCGCAACAUUACCAAAGAAUUCCAGUUGAGAAGGCUGUUCGGCGACUACGUGGCGUUCGUCUGGGCCGACGAAGACCAAGACGACACUGACAAGAAACGCCUGGUUCUGAGUAUAGUCAACAUGAGCAGCUGCGAGAGGACCGACCACGAGUUCCAAACCCAGAUCGAACAAUUCCAUAUCGUGGUUUACGAGCAGACCUUCGACGUGUACUACCGUGACAAACAGUACUGCGGGAAUUUCCUGUGCGGCAAGACUUUUGAUCGGAGAUCACGAGUAAUAAACGGGCCGGCAACCUCUUAUUUGCCCAGCGAGUACUUCUACAAUAGCACCCGUAUGUGCUCGGUAAAAGCCGACGCUGCGUCGAAAGGCCACUUCGUCAUCACGCCGAACACGUUCAAUUUGGUCAGCUCGUACUACGGCAAAAAAAUUGAAAUGGGAGCGGUGCCGUUCGACGCUCGAGUGGCCACUUACGACUGCAGCAGGGAGUACCUGGGCUACUGCUGGCUGACCCACACCAAGCGCAUCGUCAAUUGCGAGCAGUUCAACCGCGCAGGCCGAAGAAUUUUGUCGGCCGUGGAGAAUCUGAAUUACGACCCGGGCACGUGGAUGGCAAUGAGGAAUCUCGGUCCGCACGACCUGCUGAUCAUGACGAACGAGUGCUCUGGGCUCGACUCGUGCACCGGCGGCCACGUCAAGUUCCACGUGCUGAGGAAGCCGGUCGAUCUGAACAGGGCUGUGGACUUGUACCAGCUGUCGGGGCUCGAAUGCGGCAGUGCCGUAGCGAUCAGCAGCGAGGUCGUCCAGAGGGAGGACGACCGGGUUUGCGCGACGGUCGCGUGUCACGACGUUGCAGUCGGCGGAGCCGACCAGUCGAUAAGCUUUCUGUCCAGGUGCUUCCUGGAAUAGGCUUUCGCUUCGGCGGCUUCGCCUAAACACUCGGAGCGUACGACGAUGAUUUGCUGGCAAACAAUGCCGUGUAGCGCCGAUAAAGCGCACACUCGUCAACGGCGCGCCGAGACGAUUUCUAACAUAAAAACCUACUCUUGCCAAAGUAUCGAGUGGACCUUUUCAUUUUUUC